ACCAAAUGUUCAAAAUUUUUAUAGCAACGUUUCAAAUUUUAACUUCUAUAAAUAGCUCAAAAUUUCAUUCAUUCCUUACACUGAAGGAAACUACAAGUUUCUCUUUUUCACUUCUUUCCCCUACUACAUCUUCUUCACUCCAAAAUUUUGGACCAGCAUGGAGUCCUUGCCUGAAGCUCUACCAAGUGCACCAGAUCAGUUUGUGAGCAACAACGGGCUGAGUACUGAUGAAUAUUUCCUUGAGAAAAUUAUUUCGACGAUCAAGAAGCAGCAAAAUGAGGAAGCAUUUUACGUGCUGGAUUUAGAUGUUGUCAUCAACCUCAUGGAAACCUGGAAACGUAACCUUCCGAUGGUCCAACCCUUUUACGCUGUUAAAUGCAAUCCACACCCGGAUCUCCUCGCCAGCUUGGUGGCUCAUGGCUCAAGUUUCGAUUGUGCAAGUCAAUCUGAGAUUGAGUCCAUUUUGGCUCUUGGAGUUUCUCCGGAUCGCAUAAUCUAUGCAAAUCCCUGUAAAGCUAGCUCUCACAUCAAGUACGCUGCCAAAGUUGGUGUUAACCUAAUGACUUUCGACUCGGUAUAUGAAGUUGAAAAGAUACAAAAAUGCCAUCCCAAAUGUUCUUUACUUAUCCGCAUUAAAGCUCCGGACGAAAGUGGGUGCAUGUGGACUACGAGUUCCAAGUUCGGUGCUCUCCCUGAAGAAGUGUCCUCGCUUCUCCAAGCCGCUCAAACUGUAGGACUCGAAGUUGCUGGGGUGUCAUUUCACAUAGGGAGUAAGUCCCACAAUUCUCAAGCGUACAAAACAGCUAUAGAGGCAGCUAAGGCGGUUUUUCAGGAGGCAGCCAGGCUCUGCAUGGCUCCCAUGUAUGUGUUGAACAUUGGUGGCGGCUUUGUGUCUGAGCCAUCAUUCUUUGAAGCUGCAGCAUCAGCCGUGAAAACCGCUGUGGAGACAUAUUUUUCAGAGGAAGAGCGACGCAGCUUAACAGUGAUAGCCGAGCCAGGUCGGUUUUUUGUAGAGACAGCUUUCACGCUUGUCACCAACAUCAUCGGGAAGCGUGUGAGAGGGGAGGUCAGACACUACUGGAUCAACGAAGGGUUUUAUGGGUCCAUGAUGCGUGCGGACCCUAGAACCCUACUUGAAUCGUGCAUUGCUCUGAAAUGCAUGUCCAAUAACAGUGAUGGCAACAAGAAGAAUCCAGUCAUAAUGGUACGCGGCAAAAGAACUGGUAGUGCUCGCACUUAUAUUUCGACUGUGUUUGGUCCAACGUGUGAUCCGGUUGACAAGGUGUUGGGGGGUGAGCAGCUACCAGAACUUGAGGUGAAUGAUUGGCUGGUGUUUCAGAAUAUGGGUGCUUAUACGUCGGCGUGUAGCAACAAAUUUAAUGGUUUUGGCUCAAGCAAGAUCACCUACCUUACUAACUAAUCUAUCGGUGACUCAUGAGAUUGCAUUAUGUACCCUAUGUACUAUAUCAACAAGCAUAUGAACUCACGCUCACAUGUGCCAAUCACCUUUUUCGUUUUCUGUAUGUAUCUUUUAUGUAUUAAGUUUGAAUUUGAUAUUUUUGUGUGGAAGAAUUAAGUUUGGUA